GGCUGGUGUGGAAGCGGCACUGCAGUGACUGUAUCUGCCUCUUUGCAGGCGAGCGCGCACAUACGGGGCAAUAUUCGCCUCGCUCGAAGAAAAUACAGAUUGUUGCUGUUUUCUUGCUUUGAAUGCGAGGUGGGAGCAUGGGGAAAAGCGGACUUUAAAGAGGAUUGAAACCGCUUGGCGGUCAGUAGCGCCCUGUCCCCUCUGGCCUAAAGGGGGAACGGAAAUGUAAGGAUUUUAUGAGGGCGGGGAGCCGGGGUGCGGAGGAAAUACUGCCCGGGAGUUGCCGGAGGGAACGCAGGACCGAUCCGCGGUUGCCCCUUGUUUGGCUCCGUCCUUUUCCAGCUUCCCCUUUCGCUUUACUCCUGUAUCUCUGCUAGACGUCCUGCCUUAAACUACCGCGAAAGGGAGGGAAGAGCGGAAGCAUGUCCAACCCGGAGAAGCGGAUCUUAUCCCGCCCCUCGGCCCCCCUAACUGCAGCGCUCGGGGAAAAGCCCGGCUCCGGCAGCCGCCCGCUCCACUCCCAUGGCCAGAGCGGUGGAGGUGGAGGCAGCGGCGGGUCUCCUCCUCCUCCCCCCGCUCCUGGAGGCGACUCGGCUGCCUGCAGCUCCCUCUCUCUCCUCCUAACAACCACCAGCAGCAGCAGGAGCCGCGCUACAGGCACAGCCUCCUCCGCCGUCUCCUCCAGCAUCGUCUCUAGAGCGGCAGCGGCUCCUUUUCUCGUUCCAAUCCCCUCCUUCUCCUACGCUUCUCCAUCUUCUUUUUAUUUCUUGCCGCCGCCUCCUCGUUUCCCCUCCUCAUUUUCCUUUAACCUCACAAGUCUCCAAGGGAGGGAAGGAGGAGGAGAGGCAGCGAGAGCGGCAGGAGGAGGUGGAGGAGGAGGAGGAGGAGGAGGAAGAGAUGUUGGCGGAGCAGCAGCAGCAGCUCACUUGAUCGCCCAUCCAGGCGGCAGCGGCAGGAGGAGACUCUUCUGUUCUUCCUCCAUCCAGGGCUUGCUGCUCCGUUUCGCAGCCGGCGGCCCCCGGCAGCACCACUCCCGGCUCCUCCUCUCCCCAGCCGCCUCUCUCCCGUGGUCCUGCAAUUCCCUCGGUGCUGCAGCAGCAGCAGCAGCCCGCGGCGACGGGAUCCGAGGAGGCGACGGCCCCGGCGGGAGCAGGACUCCUAGGCGGCAGCAGCGGCAGAGAGGCGCCUUCUUCUCCUUCUCGUCUCCCCUACUCCUAGGGCCAGACAUGGAAGAUGGAUCUAAUUCUGCAAGCUGCUUUAGGAGGUUUACGGACUGUUUCUUGAAUACAAGCUUAACAGAUGAAAAAGUGAAGGCGUAUCUUUCUCUUCACCCCCAGGUACUGGAUGAGUUUGUGUCAGAAAGUGUAAGUGCAGAAACUGUGGAAAAAUGGCUAAAAAGGAAAAAUAACAGACAAGAAGAUGAAGUGGCUCCUAAAGAAGUCAGCAGGUACCAGGAUACGAAUAUGCAAGGCGUAGUGUACGAAUUAAACAGCUACAUAGAGCAGCGCCUGGAUACAGGAGGAGAUAACCAACUGCUUCUGUAUGAGCUGAGCAGCAUCAUUAAAAUAGCUACAAAAGCUGAUGGAUUUGCACUAUAUUUCCUGGGAGAAUGCAAUAAUAGUCUGUGUGUAUUUACACCACCAGGAGCUAAAGAAGGACACCCACGACUCAUUCCUGCAGGGCCCAUUGCACAUGGCACUACUGUAUCUGCUUAUGUAGCCAGAUCCAGAAAAACGUUGUUAGUAGAAGAUAUUCUGGGGGAUGAGCGAUUUCCCAAAGGUACCGGACUGGAGUCGGGGACCCGUAUCCAAUCUGUUCUGUGUUUGCCAAUUGUCACAGCAAUUGGUGACCUGAUUGGCAUCCUGGAGCUUUACCGUCACUGGGGCAAAGAAGCCUUCCACCACAGUCACCAAGAGGUUGCAACAGCAAAUCUUGCAUGGGCUUCUGUAGCAAUACAUCAAGUACAAGUGUGCCGGGGCCUUGCCAAGCAGACUGAACUGAAUGACUUCUUGCUUGAUGUAUCGAAAACAUAUUUUGAUAAUAUAGUUGCAAUAGAUUCUCUACUUGAACAUAUAAUGAUAUAUGCAAAAAACCUGGUGAAUGCAGAUAGGUGUGCACUCUUCCAGGUUGACCACAAAAAUAAGGAGCUGUAUUCAGAUCUUUUUGAUAUUGGAGAAGAAAAUGAUGGAAAACCUGUCUUCAAGAAGACCAAAGAAAUAAGAUUUUCUAUAGAAAAAGGAAUAGCUGGUCAAGUGGCAAGAACAGGAGAAGUCCUUAACAUCCCUGAUGCCUAUGCAGACCCACGCUUUAACAGAGAAGUAGACCUCUACACAGGCUACACAACCAGAAACAUCCUGUGCAUGCCUAUUGUGAGCCGAGGAAGUGUAAUAGGUGUUGUGCAGAUGGUGAACAAAAUAAGUGGAAGUGCCUUCUCUAAAACUGAUGAGAACAACUUUAAAAUGUUUGCAGUCUUUUGUGCUUUAGCCUUACACUGUGCUAAUAUGUACCACAGAAUUCGUCAUUCAGAGUGUAUUUACCGUGUGACGAUGGAGAAGCUGUCCUACCAUAGUGUUUGUACAGCAGAAGAGUGGCAAAACCUCAUGCACUGUACACUGCCUCCACAUAUUUAUAAAGAAAUUGAGUUAUACCAUUUUGAUAUCAGUCCAUAUGAAGAUGUUUGGCCUGCUAUUUUUGUCUAUAUGGUUCACCAGUCCUGUGGGACAGCCUGCUUUGAACUUGAAAAGCUGUGCCGAUUUACUAUGUCUGUAAAGAAGAACUAUCGCCGCGUGCCCUACCACAACUGGAAGCAUGCAGUUACCGUGGCCCAUUGCAUGUAUGCCAUACUGCAGAACAACCAGGGGCUUUUCACUGAUCUGGAGCGAAAGGGUCUUUUAGUUGCAUGCCUGUGUCACGACCUGGAUCACAGAGGUUACAGCAACAGCUACCUUCAAAAAUUUGAUCACCCCUUAGCUGCUCUCUAUUCCACAUCAACAAUGGAACAGCACCACUUCUCGCAGACUGUGUCCAUCCUGCAGCUGGAAGGGCACAAUGUCUUCUCCAAUCUGAGCUCCAGCGAAUAUGAGCAAGUACUUGAGAUCAUCCGGAAAGCCAUCAUCGCCACAGACCUUGCCCUGUAUUUUGGAAACAGAAAACAACUGGAAGAGCUGCAUCAGACAGGAGCAUUAAACCUUAAGAACCAAACACACAGAGAUAGAGUGAUUGGCCUGAUGAUGACAGCUUGUGAUCUGUGUUCUGUAACAAAGUUGUGGCCAGUUACCAGACUGACAGCCAAUGAUAUAUAUGCAGAGUUCUGGGCUGAGGGCGAUGAAAUGAAGAAAACAGGUAUUCAACCUAUUCCUAUGAUGGACAGGGAUAAGAAAGAUGAAGUCCCUCAGGGUCAGAUUGGGUUCUACAAUGCUGUAGCCAUCCCAUGUUACACCACCCUUGCACAGAUCUUUCCUCCAACUGGGCCACUACUCCGAGCAUGCAGGGACAAUCUUAACCAAUGGGAGAAAGUAACGAGAGGUGAGGAAGCCUCUAUAUGGAUUUCUUCUCAAUCCCUUGCUCCUGGGACCUCAGAUUCUCUUCCUGUGAAGAUUGAUGACUGAACAGCAGUGACAGAUUGCUUUAACCUGAAAAGCACCCCUUCUUGUUUUGGGGAUUGGUUUUUUUUUUGUUUUGUUUCGUUUUUAUUUGAAAAAGAGAAAAAAAAAUAAAAAAGGAAAAAGGAAAGCUGCAAAAUGCUAAGAAGUAGACCUGCCCAGGAAGGUAACACCCAUGGAGUUACCUCAGCUAAAUGACUCUGGCAGCCAAUCUCCUGACCUACACCAGUGACACAACGUAAGCAGAGGGAAAAUGACAACCCAGAUGUUUUGGAGUCAGCUAUCAAAAGAGAACUUACAACUUGUGAAUAUAAAAGACUGGCCUUAUCUCAUGGGCUACAUUGCUGAGGCCUUAAUUUAAAACUGAUGGGGGUGGGGGGGCAUCUUAUGGGGUACUUCUAAAUUGUAUCUUUCUAGUAAGGGUUUCAAUGGUACUUUUAUUAUACCAUACUGUGGCUGGCUUUAACACCAGUGUCACUUGGGAGUUCUUGGCUAUAAAUAGAACAAUAUACCCAUUGCUAUUGUGAAUGUUUAUGUGUGAUCUACUUGUAAUCAGUUUGAACUCCAGCAGAAUCCUUGGAGACUAUAAUUUAUGCUUAGGUCACAGUGAAUUCUCUUGCUGCAGACUAAAGGAAAACCAACAUUCAGGUUAAAGUUUUAAAGAACUUCAUUAAGCAUCAUGAUGCCAAUUGUUGGUCACUCACAAGGGAAAUGUUGAUAGAACUAGGGAUGGUGCUUUGUUCUUUAGGAUGUUUUUUAAAACUAGACAACUCCUCCCUUAAAACACUGGAAGUACUGGUUAAUUAUCCCCUAUGUAAGAGGGAGUUUCAGGUUGGAGUUUUUGUAUCCAUAGUGACAGAAAUAUUGGAUAAAAUUUAAAUGUGACAGCAAAGAUUUCCUUGCCUAGCUCACAGUUAAGUAAAGUCAUCAUUUUAUUUCUACCUGCUGAGCUGUAUUUUAAAAGGUAUUGAAGACAUACCUGAAGUAUGCUAUCUGCUGGGAAGAAAAGCUUUGUCAGAAAAGUCAGGUCUGAUAAGAGGGAUUGUGGUACCAUCACAAUAAAUCAAAAAUGUUUUUUGUAUUGACUAGCUUUUGUGUUGCACAGUAACACUGCAUGUCUUCAACUGCUUUUUUGCCCCCAUCCCAAGAUGAUGAAAUUAGGAAACUUCUCCAUUUGUCUGUUUGUUUUUGUCCCCUAGUUAGAGAAAUUUCCAAGUUUAGAAAUGCCUUUCUUAGUGAAAGAAUAGCUGACUGAAGAAAAGUACACUAAAUGGUGUGUUUACAGUUCUGUGCUGACUUAGGCCUCAGCCUUACAAACUUAUGCACAGACUUACAUGUAAUGCCACUCUUAUAAAUUUAGUGCAAUUGUACAGAAUAUGUUUCACAACACUUAAUUUGCCUUUGUCUUUCUCUUAAAAGUAAUGAGAAAAAAAAAAUCUUCAUAGUGAUCCACACAGUAGGUGAAAACACAGUCUUUGCAUACCUUUCACAUACAGCCUAUACUGCAUUAUGUGCUUUCUCACAGAUAAUGCACUUGUGUGGAGGUUCCGUGAUAACACGGCCAUUGUGUAACUGCAACACAAUUGUAACAGUAGUGACCUAAAGACAGAACACAGGUUCUCUUUUUCCAUCUCCUGUCUUUUGGGCUGUAUUGAUCUAAUAGGCAUGCCAGCUUUUGGGUUUCAUGUGAAUAACUUGCCCUCUCGAGUUUUGCCUUCUGUUAUGGUCGAGCACAUGCCGGUAUUUGUUUAUGUGUACAGUGCGUGAUCCGUAGUCGCCUAAUGUAGAAAUGCACCUGAGCCUUUGCUGUACAUAGAGAUCCCACAGGCUGAGAAUUCAAUAUGAAGUUAUCUUAUUUGUGUGAUGCAUGUUACCUAGCAACAGCCCCAUAAUUUUAUUUUUUUUUCUUUUAGUUCGCCUUACCAAUUCUAAGUGCAGAAAUUCUUUGGUGAUCACAGCAAACCGGUUUGGAAUUCAAAACAAGCAAAAACAAAAAAAGAAAAACGUGGCAGGAAAAAAUUACGCUAAAGUAGAAUGAAAAGUAUCUCAUGCUGUGUCCUCUACUUUACUCCUUAGCCAUUCUGUUUCAGCUAAAUAAUGCAGAUGCAGCCUUUUGUCCACUAAGUACUUGAGACAGAAUCCAGGAUUCCUAAUUUGCAUGGAAAUUAAAUCUAUGGAGACUACAGAAAUGCUCUUUGAAAUUCAGAUACCCCAACAACUGGAUUGAAUGUUUUUCUUUGCAGGUUAAGUAUAUUUGCUUAAGCAUAUUUGCAUUAAAUAUAUUUGCCAUCAUUUUCCCUUUUUUUUUUUCCUUUCCAUUUAAAAAUGCUGAUCUUAAAAGCAUUGCAGAAGUAUUCCUUAUCACUCUAGAUCUGUGUGUAUGGAAAGCUUUUCACUCAUCUUUUACUCACUGACAGUAAAGAUAACUUCACUACUUCUGUUUCCUGCCAUUUAAAAUGUUUGGCAGUAUCCCACACUUUGGAAUGUUUUGAAGUUUGUAAGUACUGAUAGAGGGCAUGUUUCCCUGACAAAUUUGUCAAAUUGGCACUAAGUUGUUCUAUUAAUGUCUCAAGUGAAUCAGCAACUGUUUCUAUUAUAGAACUAUCCAAACCACAUAAAAUAUAUGUUUGAUAUAGUCUAAUUUCUAUUAGAAUUUUAAAAAAUUUGCUCCAGUGGCUGUGAUUUGGUUUGAUUUCAAAUGUAGUCUGUUUUAGCAUUUACAGAGUACAGAUUUGUAUGUGUAAAUAUUUUGGAAAAAAAAAGACUUGUACUUGCACUUCAAAAGUCAAAUGCACCAAAAGUUAAACUUUGGAGCUACAUUUGAAUUUCAUGGAUCAAAGACAUGUUGAGAUUUAAUUUUUCAAAGUUCUGGACUCAAACUCACAAUUGAUUAAGACAUCUAGGUUUGUAAGACAUCUGGGUUUGUAAGACAUCUGACUCAACUUAAAUUGUCAAAAGUCAAUUUGACUUUUUAUCCUACUAAAACUCAUUUUACCCAAAAGAAUGUUUAAAAAGCUUAAUGGAUCAUUCCUUUCCUAGAAGUGUUAGAUUUUGCAUUCUUACAUUUUUCUUGAUAAUAAUUCCAUCUGCUUUUCCCUCCUACGCCAAGUAAAGGUAAAAACACUGUUUGAGGCUGUAACUGACUGUUUCUAGUGUAUUAUGAAAAUGUGCCUGAAAGGUAUGCACUAAGUGAGAAAAAUAGUUGACAUAGCAUGCUACUCAUCUGAGAUGUUGCAUAUUUUAUUACAGCAUGACUAAUUCCAUUGUUACAAUUAAUUUAUGAAUUUUGCAUGGUUUUGCAAUAUUCUACUGUAAUGGUUCAAUUUAUGGAAGUAAUUUUUUUUCUAUAAGUAAUCAUGAGAGAACUGAAACAGGGUUUUUCAGCUGGAGGAUAUGAUCGAGCAUAUUGAAUCAGAGGGGACAUGCAGAGUGGGAUUCAUCUUUUUAUGUGGCACAGAUUUCUUUCCUGUGUGUAAACUUAAAACAAUGUGUUUAGUUUGCUGUGACUGCACUUAGAGCAUAUAGUGUUAAAAUUGUAGGAGUAGCAAAAAGCGCUAUUCAUAUUAAAAAAUAGUGAUAAUUAGAUGCUCAAAUCAAUCAGGACCCUUUUGAAAUAAUGCAUUUGCCUCAAACACUGUGAUAUUGGACCAGUUCUGUGAAGUGGAACAAUUAAUUUAUUCAUUCUAAAGACAGAAAAGGCUUUCUGCACACUACUACAAAGAAGUUAAUGUUCAAACUUUAGGUUGUAUAUCCCAGUCAAGCAAAGGCACAUCAUAACUUUUGUUUGCUUUCUGACCAAAAACUGUGCUCGAUUGUAAUACGGGUGUAUACUCUGUCAAAUAAACCUAAAAUAACGGACUGCUUUCUAGGGUAGAUCAAACUGAUUUGUAGAGUAGUUUCAUAAAUAUUCCAAAUUCAGGUUAGGCUGUAAUGUGGAGAAGAAAGAACUUCAAGGUAACAACGUUCAACUUUACUACAUUUAGUGAGCUGAAAAAUUUGUUUUAUAUAUAUAUAUAUUUACACACACAUAUAUAUAUAUAUAUGAUACAUAUAAACUAUCUUUGUAAAAAUAUGCAAGUGCAAUAAUUUAAAGAGGUCUUAACUUUGCAUUUAUAAAUUAUAAAUACUGUACAUGGUGUGUAAUUUUUUUCAUGUAUUCAUUUGCAGUCUUUGUAUUUAAAAAACAAACCUAAACCUUUACUAUUACGUUUGUACAAUAGAACAGUAAGCAUUUAUUAUGAUAUAGUUAAGUUGUAAAUAAAUUCACAAACCAAACAGCCAGUACAUAUGCAUAUAUGGGUGUCCUAUUGUGAAACCUGUUUUUGCUUUUACUGCUGGCUUUAGCACAGCAAGAUGACUUCUGUGGAUAUGUAAUUAUACAUAUAAAUAUAUGUAUGAUACAUAAAAUAUAUUUAGAAAUGUUCAUAAUUUUAUUGGAUAUAUCUAUACAUAUACUUUGGUGUGAAUAUUACUGAAUACAGAGUUUUUUAAUAUUA